AUGAGACCUUUGCAUCUACGUCUACACGAGAGACCAAUCACUCACAUUCAGUUCAAUCGCGAGGGCGAUCUGCUGUUUGUCGCCGCCAAGGAUAAGCUGGCGUCAGUCUGGUACACUGCCAAUGGUGAGCGUAUCGGAACCUACGCACAUAAUGGUGUCGUCUACGGUUUGGACGUCUGUCAGAACACAAAGUACCUGAUCACCGCUUCGGCCGACGCCAAGAUGGUGCUCUGGGAUGUCAAGAGCGGCAAGCAACUCGAGUCAGUCUCAUUCGAGGUUGCUGCCCGUUGGGUCGAGUUCUCCCAAGGAGACAGACAGAUCCUGCUCGUCACCGACAAGGUCAUGGGUAUGGAGGCCACCAUCCACGUCUUCAACUUUGAGCCAGAGAAUGUUCGUAAAUUAUCCAAGGUAUACCAGUUGCCAUCGCCACAAUGCAAGAUCCUGCAAGCCACUUGGUCUCCAAUGAACAAACAGAUUCUGGCCGCCUGUGAGGACGGAGCCGUGCGCAUCUACGACACUGAGAAGAGAGAGUUGGUUCACACGAUCCUCGAUCACAACAAGCCCGUACAGAAGAUCGUCUGGGUCAAGCACAGAAUCCUGUUCAUGACCUGCUCAAAGGACGGCACGGCCCGCCUCUACGAUGCCAAGACAUACCAACACCUCAAGACAUACGACACUGGUCGUCCAGUCAACGCCGGCGCCAUCUCCCCCCUGAAGCCACAUCUCAUCCUUGGUGGAGGUCAGUCUGCCGAGUCUGUAACCACUUCAAAGGUGGACUCCUCCCAGUUCAAGGUCAGGUUCUACCAUAUUGCCUUUGGUGAUGAGAUUGGAGGACUCGUUGGUCACAUUGGUCCAGUCCACACGAUUGAUUUCACAGCCAAUGGAAAGACGUUUGCCACUGGAGGAGAAGAGGGACUUGUUAUUGUUAAUCAUUUAGACCCAUCCUAUUUUGAAUUCGACCCAGACAUGGAGUUCUCUCCAAAGCAAUCAAAUGGUGUCAAUGCU